UGCUGUCUCGCUGCUUUCGCCCGGGGGGGAGAGAGAGAGGGAGAGAUUGCCUGCGCGUGACAAUGGAGAAGGUUGGAAAGGUCCAGUGCCAGAGAAUGAACUGCCACGCCAUGUUCUCCGACGACGACAACCCUGAAGGUUCCUGUAGAUUUCACGACUCUGGACCUAUAUUUCACGAUGGAAUGAAAGAGUGGAGUUGUUGCAAGCAAAGAAGUCAUCAUUUCAGGUUAUUUCUUCAAAUUGCAGGAUGUAAGGUAGGUAAACGCACGAGUGAAAUACCAGUACCAAAGAAGCCCGCUCCUGUUGCAACUCCCACAAAUGAUGCAUCUUCAAAAGAAGCAUGCUCAAGGUGCCGUCAAGGAUUCUUUUGCUCUGAACAUGGUUCACAGGUGAAAGUAAUGAAUUCAAACCCACUAACAGCAGCGGCACCUGCUCUUGCCGACAGCAAUACAGAUGAACAGGGAGACGCUCCUGCUCCAGCGAAGAAGGUAGUAGACAUUAACCAUCCUGAAACAUGUAAGAAUAAUGGAUGUGACAAAACCUUCAAAGAAAGGGAUAACCAUGACACUGCUUGCAGUUACGACCCUGGCCCUGCCAUCUUCCACUACCGGAUGGAUGUAGCACAAUGCUUGAUCCAGUGUCGUAAAAAGCAGAAGCUGUUAUCAGAAGACAAACCCCUUUUACCCUCGAUUUGGGUUGAAAGAGCCGGUUUCUUUGUGUCUCUUUUUAUCAUCUUCCCUUGUCCUUAA